UAAGGUUUUGUUUAUAGCUCUUUUAACACGUUUUUUUAAACAUGUUAAGCAGGUUUUAACAGUUUUUAGAACAGCAACUAGCAGAAUCAUCAAAUUUAAAUCUGGUCACCCUGCUUUCAUCUUGUGUUUCAUCUGUGGACCUAAUAAUAAUACAAACGUAUUUGAUGCAUUGUUUUCUUAGAAAAUAUUUUUUGUUGUAAACCUAUCUAUUAACUUUCAUUAAUGUGGUGAAGCAAAAUAUCUAAAAUUUAUAUGAUUUGAUAUUGACAAGAAGUUUUAAUGUGAUAUUUUCUAGAUAAAGUAAUUUUAUUAUAACCUUCACGAUGUAUGUAAAAACGGAAAAUAAUUGAAGAUUCAGCAAAAAUGUUUAUAAUAUAAUGUCGCUAACGUUGUUCUAAGCAAUUCUUCUCUAUGUCAUAUUGAUAUGGAUGAUGACUGUAAAGAUUAUAGAAAAAACAAGCCACAACAGAAGCUGUAUAAACCUGGUAGUGGGCCCCUAAGACGAUCUAGGUAUGGUCUGGAUGCAAGAAUGGACUCGUAUGAAUUAGAUAACGGUUCCAGAGGAAGAGAACAUUGCAAUUAUGGAUCUCAGCAUUCAGUGAAUGGAGAUGAUGUCAGUGCUUCAACUAGAGAAGCUGCAAACGUACGUUAUAGAAAGCCUGAACAACAGUUGUAUGUACCAAGGUCAGAAUAUUCAAGUUUUGAUAUUGACAAAGAGCCAAAAUCAUUCAAGUGUGAAAGUUCUAGUCAAUAUAGUAAUAGGCGUAAUAUGCCCAAUAAACAAGAUAAUGGUUCUACUGGUAGUGCAGGGUUUUAUCCCAGAAAUGCCUCGGGGAGAGAUUUCCAUCAUAAAGAGAAUCCUAGUAACGAACAUCAUACUUCUAAUAGACACCAUAGGCAAGGAUCAGAAGCCAGAUCAAUUUCACCAUCUCACCAAAACUUGGAGAGAAAUCGAGAUAGCAGGAGCAUGGAAACUUGGGCAGGACGCCACAAGUCUGGCUCUGGAGGCAAGCCACCUUCGGGCCGAAGAAAUUCAGCUGGGUUCCCUAAUGACUCACGCUCUAAACAUAUUAUUAAUUUAGACAAUAUACCGCCGAGGUUUAGAAAAAAGUAUAAUUUAGAGGUGCCAGGUCAUCAAAGCUUUGAUAGUGUAGACCAGUUGAACAAAGACAGAUAUAUGCACAAUGAAAUGACACAGUCAGCAUAUAAUCCAGGUCAAUUUUAUGGCUCUCAGAAUACAAACUGGUCUCAGACUUUACCUUCAAGAGGAAGGGGACGUUUAAGAGACCAUGAAAACUUUGAUAGGGACAAGUUUAUAAAUGCAUAUUUAAAGAAUAAUUAUGAAGUACAAAGUUCAAGAAGAUCCACUCCAAGCAACUCCUAUAUGAACUUAUAUGAACCAAAUAUUACAGAGGACAACAGUGUUUGUGAAAAGCCAAACUCCCUCAUGAGUGAUUAUGAAAGUGAAAAGAAAUUAUAUGAUGGUGCCUCAAAAAAUGGAAUUAGUAAAUCAAAUACAGUGCAGUAUGAAUUAGAAAAUACAAAUGAGAGCAGUGAUAAUCAAAAUGAUAGUGAACCUAUAUCACACAUAUCUGCAAACCUUUCUGAUAUGACUAACUUGGAUUGGACAGAAGAGGUUGAGAAAAAUAUUAAAUUGGAUGAAGUUUGUGAUACUUCUACUUCUUUUUCGCAAACCAUAAAAUCAUCUCAAGUUCAAGACAUCAAACCUGCUGUACCUCGUGAAUCGAAAAGAAGUGGUAAAUCUCGUCGGAGAGAUAAAAGGAGCUCUAGCAGAGGUCACCAAAAUUCGGAAAAGAAAGAACGUAACCGAAAAGAUAGUAAUGUUAGUGUUCAACACGAGCCCGAACGUAAUAGAAAAGAUAGUAAUGUCAGUAUACAGCAGGACGCCGCAGUUUUUGCUCUCAAACGGGAGAGAGAAAGGCGUGAUAGCCACAGAAGUAAUCGUUCCUCAACUAUCGGAAAUAGCAGAGAUGAUUUGGAUCGAUGGCGCUCGUUGCGAUCUUACAGCCGAGAGCAAAGUUCUGAAAGGAGAAUAGUAUCUCAAUGCAACAGUAGAGAUACCUCAACUAAUCGCGUUGGAAGUCCUAAAGACAGUAAUGGAUUUAAGAUGCCAAUAUCUGCCAGUAAAGCUGCUACUGCUACUUGGUCUUCACCCGCUCAGAAGAAAGGGGAUGCGAGGUGGAACGGAGGUCGUACGUCCAGUAUAGAGAGGAGACACUCGCCGACGCCGAGUGCCGUGAGCGGGGAGGCGGGCGAGAGCGCGGGAGGGGGUGCGGGCGGCGGUGGGGCGCGGCGCUCGCGCAAGAGCAAGGGGCGCCGCCGCCGAAACGCGGAGAACGUGCAGCCCGCGCCGCACCCGCCUGGUGCCACGCCCGCGCCCGCCAACGUCAACUGGCGCGAGGAAAUCCUCGAGUCCAAGAAGCACCACCACAGCGAUCGGCAACAAGAUAACACACAUCACAGGAAUAGACUAAACAGCGUUCUUUCGGAAAAAUCGGUGACAGAAUCUUGUUCGCGACCUGGAUUGAUAAUUUUACCGCAAAGUUCCAUAUCUCAUCUACAUAAGGACCAGGGAUGCGUAGCAAAUGCAGAAACACAAAAAACUUUAUUUGAUCAUCAGAAUCCAUCAAAACCAAUAGUAGUACAGACUAGCCCAACAAAGCAAGACAUGAGGAUGGAACGAGGUGCGGCGGAGUGCUCGAGCCGCGCGCAGGCGGGCGCGGGCUACGAGGCGGUGGAGGCGUCGCGCGGUGCGCGCCACGUGGCGUUGCUGCAGAAGGUGGAGCGCGCUGACGCCAUCCUCAAGAUGCACACGCUGCGCGGCCCGCUCACGCUCGCCGCCAACUGGCCCGACGUCAUCGAAACCAGGAAAUUUUUACAAAGUGCGCUUCAGAGAUUACUAAUGUCAGACCUAAAGUACUGCCAGGCAGACAAUAUCGAGCACCAGUUUUGGAAAAUUCUGUACUAUCAUUUCAUUGAAAGUUUGAGAAAGAGUAUUUCUCAAGUCACUCCAGAGGAGAAGCCCGAGGUCAUCAAACUAUUAAACGUUAUUAUCGAUGAGGGAAAUGUUUUCUUCGAGAAUCUCGUGCAGAUGUUAGAGAAGACUUACAAAUUUAAUACGGAGGAUUACAUAAACGAUAAUCACUUAUUGCCGCCCAAGGGACUCGGUUAUGUAGGCUUGGCGCUGAUCUCAGUACAGAAACUGUAUGUUUUUCUCGGUGAUUUAGCUAGAUAUAAGGAACAAGUAAACGAAACUAACAAUUAUGCUAAAAGCAAAUUUUGGUACACAAAGGCUCAGCAAAUAAAUCCUAAGAAUGGUAGACCAUAUAAUCAAUUAGCAAUUUUAGCGAUAUAUGCCAGAAGAAAACUAGAUGCAGUUUAUUAUUAUAUGAGAAGUUUAAUGUCCUCGAAUCCAUUUCAAUCAGCAAGAGAAAGUUUAUUAUCAUUAUUUGAUGAAAAUAGAAAAAAAUAUGAGGCAGCGGAGCGCAAGCGUCGCGCGGCGCUGGAGACGGCGAAGGCGGGCGAGAGCGGCGCGGAGGGAGCGCGCGCGGGCGCGGGGCUGCGGCGCGAGGUGUGGGUGCGGCCGAGCGGCCACCGCACCACCACGCUGCAGCACGCGCCCGACGACUCGCUGCAGACCAUGACACCCGUUGAGUUAAAUAAGAGUUUUAUAACCAGUUACUUGCAUGUCCACGGAAAAUUGAUUACCAAAAUUGGCAUGGAGACGUUCCACGAGAGCGCGGCACAAAUGCUGCGUCAGUUCCGCGCGCUGCUGAACCGUCAGCCGCUGCCCACGCCCGCCGCGCGCCUGCUGCAGCUCACGGCCCUUAACAUGUUCGCCGUGGAGACCACCGCCGCAGCGCUUAAAGGUAGCAGCAAGGGCGGCGAGCGGUCAGAAUGGCUGGAGUGCGCGCUGGGCGUCUCGCUGCUCAUGUUCGGCGCGCUGCUGGAGCGCUGCUGCGCGCUGCUGCCCGAGCCCGCGCACACGCAGCAACACGCCGACGCGCUGCUCUUGCUGCCCGCUAUCAAAGUUUGGUCAGAUUGGAUGCUAUGUCAUAGCAGUAUAUGGAAUCCGCCGCCAUCAUUUGACAGUUUCGAAAUAGACUCCGAUAACGACCCAUGGGAUUGGCUCGCGAAGCUUAUGAACAUACUCGAAGCUCUCGACGAUAAAUCCAUUGAAUUCGAAAGCGAAAUGAAAGAAGGCUACGUAUCGAUACGACUGCCGGAGGACGCGUCGCUGGCCGGCUUCACGCCGCUCAUGUACAUGGAGGCGGCCGCGGCGUGGCUGCCGUCCGAGCCGCCCGUCGCGCCGCACACCGCCGAGCACGUGCUGCGAACGCGGAAGCUGCUCUUCUUCGGCACUGAAUACCUAGUAGGAGUGGAUCCGCCGGUGUUGAAGCUGGAGUACCCCGCAGAAGCGCAACCUCGUUACGUUAGCGCAGUGCAACGAACCGAACCCAGCUACUCACCUUUGCAACAAUUAUCUGAAAAUUCAGGGGAAGAGGACAGCACUAGCGCGGUAACGAGUGGUCCGACCAGCCUCAGCGAAGAGUUGCCCGAAGGCGCUGACGAGACCACAAGGAAACUGCUCCGGAGGAAAGAGCAACUCGAAUCUAGGAAGGCAACGCUCGACAAACGUCGACAACGAAUGCAGGAGAUGUUGAGCAGCGGCUGGGUGUCUGCCGAGGUGGAGGUGCGGCCGCGCUGGCUGGUGCCCGACACCAACUGCUUCAUCGAUCACCUGCCGCUGCUGCGCGCCGUGCUCGCCGCGCCCGACCAGCCCUAUCAGCUCGCCGUGCCGCUUAUCGUGGUGUCGGAGCUGGAGGGGCUGCGGCGCUGCGCGCGCGUGGGUGGCGCGGCGCGCGCUGCGCUGGCGUGGCUGUGCGCUGGCGGCGCGGGCGUGCGCCUGGCCACGGCGCGCGGCUCGCUGCUGGCGGCGCGCGGCGUGGCCUUCGCCGCCGAGCACGACCAGGCGCGCGCCACCAACGACGACCGCGUGCUCGCCACCGCGAUCAACCUCAACGCGAACCUUGCCACCGAUACGGAGGCGCGCGGGGGGGAGGGUGCGUGCGUGCGCGAGCUGGUGCUGCUGACGGACGACCGCAACCUGCGCGUCAAGGCGCUGGCGGCCGAGCUGCCCGCGCGGGACCUGCCCUCCUUCGUGCACUGGGCCGGCAUACACGCGGAACCACCACCACCGGACGCGAAAGCCACAGCCGGUGUUCACAGUCCGGAAGUUUGAAGUAAUUCGACGCAAUAUUAUACUGAGCCUAUUUUAGUUCGUAUUAUUGUUACGAUUUAAUUGUUUUUGACGCGAUUUAAUUACGAUGCAAGUUAGAUUAGACACGAAAAGAAUUUUUGUCGCUGACAUUCGUAUAGUGAAAUCGACAAGGCGACGCAAUAAACGCGUCACUCUAGUAUAGGAAUUGAAUAGUAUAAGUAAAAAUAAUACACCAAUAGAGAGAUAUAAUAUUAACAAAUUUUGUUAAGAGCUUUAGGAUUCCACCUCCGUGUUCCUGGGCCACAUUUUCAUUGUUAAUUUUAUUUUUAUCACUUUUUAAUUUUUAUGGUAUAUUUUAAUUAUUAUUAUUAAAGUUCAAUCAAUUGGUGUUGCUGAACUAUUUCUAUUUACUUUUUUUAAUAUAGUAAGUAUACUUUAAUGUUUGUUAUAAAGCUAGGUGAUAUUUUUAACAAAGAGUUCAAUUUUAAUAUCAAGUUUGUAGCUUUCAGCUAGCAUCUUAGCCCAUAGCUUUUUUCUAUUUCUUAUUUUAU